AUAACUAUUUCAAGGAAAUGGGAGCAGCAUUGUUUCACACCUAAAACGAUUUCCUUUGAUGUAGCCGAUAUGGUUACCUUUUUACAGGUAACAUAAAAAGAUUAUGAAAUCGACAUUGUUCUGUCUACGGACGCCCUGAAAGAAAAAAGGAAACAUGGGAAAAAUUAUUCUCAUAUCUGGAACUAGUAGUAGUAGCGUUUUGCUUUUGUUUUGUGUGUUCACACUGACGGUAAGGAUAUCCUUGGGGCAGUUAAAUAAUAUGGUGACGCCUCCGCCAAGGGACGGUAACCGACCAGUGAUAUCUGACGGAAUCGUGUGGUAUCUUGACCACAUAGCCCAGCACUGCCAAAAACCGUUCGUGGCCACCUACCCGGGAGGAGGCAUCAUCAAGGAUCGACGUGCUCUUAUGACCAUCAACAACCCGCACAUCAUCAACGGCAACAUCGAGAUCGCACCGUCAGGGUGUCUGUACAUUGAACCUGGUUGUGAACUCCGAUUUGGACCAGGAUUUGGCAUCCUUGUUAACGGAACGCUCAUUGCCAGAGGCAGUGAUGAGCCUGGAGGUAGAAUCCUGAUGACCGCCAAUGUGGGUGGUGACCCCGGAGUUCCCAGUGGGGACUGGCAGGAUGAUGCCCGAUUGGUCGACGGGAACACUACACAAGAUGGACGACUUGAUCUGCUCUAUCAUGGCAAGUGGAGGGGUAUUUGUACAAACUACCAGAACUAUACUGAAGUUGAUGCCAAUGUCACCUGCCGCAAUCUUGGAUUUUUAAAAGGCAACUUCACCUACCACUCGUUUGCACGGAACUACACAGACUACAUGUUGUUUGAGAAACCCAACUGUGCAGGUUAUGAAAACAGCUUACUUCGGUGUCCUGGCAUUUCUCGCAUAGUCACAGGAGCUCAUGUUUGUGAUGGCCAACAACUGAUUGGAUUUGAAUGUGAGGGUCUGCGCCCGGGCUUGGCUCUGAAUCACUGGCGUGGCCUAGAGUUCUACAACUCGACCCUGGAGGAGCUAUACAUCGACACUAAUGUGUACGUGAACCAGAGCUUCUCGUGGAUAGAGUACACCGACAUCCUGUACGCGGGCCUCGACACUUUCCGUGGUAUGGGGGUCGGGGUCAACUACCAGCGAGCCGCCAUCAGUGCCAGCCCAUUCGUGCCGCUCAUGAACAACGUUACAAUCAAGUACUGUGCUUACGAUGGCCUCAAUUUAACAGAGGUUGAGGGCGCUAUUCACAUUGCCAACUCAACAGUGUCACACAAUAGAGGCUAUGGUAUGUUCAUAAGGACCACGGUGGGUCGAGUUCUGGUCAACAUGACCAGUGUCACCAACAACUGGGGAGAUGGAAUCAAGAUGUACAUGACAAAUCUGACCUUGGCCUCGCAUGAAUUCCCCAAGAGAUUCCCGUUUGGUGAAUCAUUCUGCCAGACUCCCAACAUGAACGUCCAGAUAUUUCCAGUACUUCAGGCGCAGGAUGUAAUAGGAAUCCACGGAGAAAAACCACUUGGCAGCUUCUGUGACAGAGAGUUUACAACGGUUGCCGGCAAGAAGGUGACGAUACACUUCCUGAGGAUGAUGAGGGACCCAGAGGCUAGUGGAGAGAUAGAAAUAAGGGACGGAACCUUGUUUGGAAGUCCGGUUGCAGUGUUUCCAGUCACCAAUGGCAGCUUUCCACAAUCGUUCGUGACCAAAACGAAAACAGUGUAUAUUCGACUCAAGUGGAAUCUUCCUCGCAGCUGGCGCUGUUCAACAUUUAAGCCUUGUCUUCGAAUUCUGAUGGAGUUAGGAACAACAAAAGAAAUUGAGGAAGAUUUCAGUCUGAUCUACUCCCAAGUGUCCAACAACACCGGCUACGGUGUCAGCCUUCAAGACAUGAGAAGCAAAGUUUUCUUCAACACCAGCGAGGUCUGCGACAACUGGUACGGGGCCGGGAUACGUGUUUACCAGGGGGCAGGGGAGGUAACUGUGAACAACACUCUGAUCGCUCGCAAUCAAGGCAGUGGAAUCAACAUCACGUACUCUGGAGGGUUCCAGCUGCUCAACAACAGCCGACUUAUUGCGAACAAAGGGUACGGAGUGAUCACAGAGUACUUGCAGCUCAAUCGGACAAGAAUCGAGUUAGAGCAGAGGCUGGAGGUGGUGCGGUGCAGCUUUGAGCUGAACGAGUGGCGUGGUUUCCGAGUUGGGAACUACUGCCGCGGCGGUCAUGCUCAAAUCAACGAAAGUUAUUUUGCAUACAACCUUGAUGAGGCAAUCGAGUACCUAUCAUGUAAUAUAUCGACGAAGAAGAGUACCAACUUUACCAUAGCAUUUACCCAUUUUUAUUCAAACCGCCGGCACGGUCUGUUAAUUCGCCCUCUUGUGAAUACUGUUGGUAUUUUGUCUAACAACACAUUCUCUAAUCACAGCAUGGGAGCCUUGCUAAUCGAUAAUGGUUAUGAUCUGCUUCUUAGUCGAUGGUAUAGACAGUUUCCUGUGGAAUACAACUUCUUUGAAAACACUUUUAGGGACAAUUACGGUAGAUACGCACUCAAUGUUAGACUUACCCAGGGAAGUCCAUUCCAGCACAUGUAUGUGAAGUUUAAUCAGUUUAUCGAAAACAACAUUAACGAUUCUUUCAUGUAUUUGAAUCCAAGAAACCGAGCCAAUGCUGUUAUCGUAAUUUCUUCCGGUAAUGUAAAGCUGAUGCGAAAUCGCAUUGAGAACCCCAAUUCUGACCGACAGAUUGCAACUCACCUUAUUGACCCUUCAGUGCAGAUCGAUGCCACACAAAACUGGUGGGGAUUUGAGGUGCUCAAAGGAAGUGACCAGUCUUCCAUCCAUCAGAGCAUCUUUGAUCAGGAUGACCGGUACAAUCUAGCCCAAGUCAACUAUUAUCCCGUUCUCAAUACAGAAAGGCUAUACAAUAACAUUUUGAGCGACAAGAUUCCCAGGUACAACUGGCAGUUCAACAGAGGCAACAAAAUAGGUGGAAUUCUAGAGCUAGAGAACUUCAACACGCAGCCAGAUACCGUGUAUCAUGUGGAUAGGGAUAUUUAUAUCAUACCUGGCAGAGUUCUAACGUUGGCCAGAGGAACAGUUCUGGAAUUUGUUAACUCAGUUGGGAUGGUUAUUCAUGGGUGUCUUCAUGCCGAUGGCAAUAACAAGGCUGACACUAUUAAGUUCCGGUUGAGGGAAAACCCGGAUGAGUUACCGAUUGAGAACCGGACGGCGUCGGUACGACUGGUAGAUGGUAGAGAUGAAUUUGAAGGCCGACUGGAGAUUCUGAUUGAUGAUGAUGAAUGGGGAACAAUCUGUGAUGAGGGCUGGACGCAGCAAAACGCAAUCGUAGCCUGUCAACAGCUUGGUCUGAUCUACAACCCGGAGGUAUCUGCUGAGCAGACACAGCUGGCUGACUCGUCAACGACCAUCCUACUGAGCUGGGUGGACUGUGAAGAGGUGGACACGGACAUCACACAGUGUCGGGCGGUGAGAGGACCCGAGAUGAGGUGCACCCACAACAAAGAUGUCUUCCUCAGAUGUCAGAGUCCAACAUGGGCAGGAAUCACGUUCCCCGCGACACCGCGAGACGGUCAGACCUGUAACACGGUGCUGAACCACAUCUCCAUCGACCAUGCUGGCCUGCUCGACAGCGACACCACACACUUCACCCCGGCACUCCGAAUAGACUACAACUACUAUGCCAUGACUCACAUCAACAUCACAGACUCCCUGUCUGAUGGCAUCCACAUCAAGUUCAACCACCCGUACAGCGAGAACCGCAUCGAAUAUGCCAACAUCCUCAACAGUGCCGGCAACGGAAUCGUGUUGAGAAGUCCACGGAUGGAUCUGCUGUACUCCACCGUCACCAACAGUGGGAAAGCAGGCUUCCUCCAUGACUCGUUCUUCUCCGAGUACGAUUCCCUCACGGUGAGGAACUCCAUCCACAGCACACGCCAGACCUUUCUGACGAAGACUCCGACCAAACACGUGGGUGAUCGGAAAAUGAUCUUCCUCGUCACGACUCCCGGAAUGGCUCGUGAGGAUCAGGUCUACUGGUGUGAGCUGUCGGUAUCCAAUACGUUCCGGGUCACUCUGCAGGUCAUAGACUACAGUCCUGCGACCGAUGUGGAAGAGGUGGUGGUCUACGACUCAGGCCGCGAUGGUGUCCAGCCCGGAGUUACCAGACACUGGAAGAUUGAGGAGGAUCUCAUCGACUUUCCCAUCGUAUCGGUGUCUACUAAACUGACCAUACGCUACCAUGUGAGAGGAGUGCGGUCUGGACGUCUGGCAUUUGCUGUCAUCUCUGAAACGUACACACCAAGAGGUCCGAUUUUGAAGACAUAUUUGAGAAACUGUACGUUUUCCUACAAUGACCAAGGCAUAGUGACGAAGCACUACAACAACCCUUCGAACCAGAGAAUGGAGCUGUACCACCGCCACAAAGAGGAGACCUUCUGGUUCGACCGGGUCAAUGUAUACCACAGUCGCCGAGAGGCCAUGCACAUGCCCAGCGUGACGAAGUACCAUGACGACUACAUCCCAACCUGGGAAGAGAUGUCCAUCCCACAGAGAGUGGCCACCAUCGAGUACAAGAUUCAGCAGUGCAAAUUCAUCGACAAUGCCAGAGGAAUCCUUGCCGAGCACAACCAUGUGGAUUUUGCCAACAAUGUUUGGCACUGGUAUGUGACGCAGGUUGAGAUUCGACGCACUGGCGAGGGUGGGUUUGAGAUCGAACUGCCCCGAGUGAAUGACGAGGAGAAACAGAGGCGGAAGCACCUGGUUUCAUUCAACCAGUCAUUAGCUGUCGAUAACCGCAAAUUUGCUUUUACCAUUGCCGGGUUUUAUGCAGACAUCAAGGUAAUGAAUAAUGAGUUUGAAAACAAUCUCUGCAGACUGGGUCUUAUGUUGAUAUCUGGAAUGGAGAAGAACAUGCAGAUAUCAAUGAACCGAUUUGCAUCAAACAUUGGCCGAUACGUGAUCAAUCUGGAUGUAAUCAGUCAUUCAGAAUACUCCGAGGUUGUUAACGGAACUCUGUUCAGAAACAACGUAAUAAACAACAGAAAGAAUCCAGCUGACAGACCACCUGGUUCAGAGUUCAGCCCCAAGACGUAUGGUGUUGCUUUCCGAGGGCUGCAGAAAAUGUCGGCUCACAGGAAUCUAUUUAACAAUCCAGAUCUCGAGUACGAGUUUGUUGCAGCAACAACAGCUUUGUCUCUGGGCAACACUUUGGAUGUGAAGGAGAACUGGUGGGGAAAGACGGAUAUUUACAGCAUUGAAAUGAGGAUUUUUGACUUUGACGACUGGAACAACUACGCUGUCGCUUCAUAUCACCCAUAUCUGACAAAGGCUGACUUUGAAAGUGAUCUGUCUGAUGGGGAAAAGGUAGACCGACCCAUUGACCCCAGCAGGCUUGGUGGACGGGUCUUUAAGUCUCUCAUUCUUCCGUAUCAACCUGAGCCUUAUAUUGUGUAUGCAGAUCUUACGGUCAUGCCAGGAGCAAAAUUAAUUCUUCAACCUGGGACUGAGCUACAGUUCCGUCCAAAUGUUGGGAUUCUCGUUCUGGGUCAGUUGAUUGCAAGAGGUUUGUUCUACAACAGGAUCAAACUGAGACCUUUGCAGCCAUCAAGGAUCAAGAGAUCAACCGAUGGGGAGGAGCUUCCACUGAUUGCAAAGGAUCCUGUGUUGAGAUCAAAGAGGGCUGGUGAUAAUUCAGCAAAGAACAUUCGACUCAGAGGAAUGGGAACAUUGUUUGAAAAAGCUGGUUUCUUGGAAUUGUACAAUGUUUCUUCAAAAUCAUGGAAUCUCAUGUGUGAUAGCCAGUUCAAUGAAAAGACAGCAGAAGUUGUUUGUCGAGAACUUGGCCUGGAAACAAUAAAUGUCAAAGUCCGAUUUACUCAUUUAUAUGACCACUACAUCCACGGUGGUCCCAGCUACUUCAGGAAGGAAUUCUGGAUGUACAGCUACUACUGUAGUGGGGAGGAGACUUCGUUGGAACAGUGUCAGAAGAGAUACAACUAUAAACUCUUCCCAUGUAUAUAUUCGGCCAACUACACGUUCGUGACCUGUGGAGAACGAAACCUUGACCGUGCGGAUUACUGGGGAAACAUCCGAUUUUCCACAGACAACUAUCAGGAGGAGCAGAAGAUGAUUUACAACCAGAGAGUGGAUUCGGUGAUGGAGUUUGUUGACAUAGAAGGGGCAGGCAUGCUGCAUGGGGAGAAGGUGGGAGCCAUUCAGACGACAUACGUGACGCCCAUAUUCGAAAACAUAAACAUCACCAAGUGUGCUUCCAAUGGCUACGAUAUCAUUGCUCCAAGAGAUGUUAUGGAAAUCCACAAUCAGAAUGUGUCUGGAAAUCUUGGUUAUGGCAUAAACUUCCUGGUGCUGAAUGGAGAAUCUAGCAACAGGGAGUCUUCCUUCCAGCCUCUGGGUCCGAGUACAAUUCCAUACUACGUGUAUGGACUGGUUGAGAUCUGUCGCAUGGAGAAAGAGAUAAGUCUGGACAACCGAAUGCUGCUGUACUACAAGUACUCACACAAAUCGGUGGACUGCGUGAAAAUCAUCCGCAGUUCCUUGCCACUCAAACAAGUUGGGAUUCGCUUCCUCCAGUUGAAUCUCUUUCAGGAAGACUUCUCGCGCAAUGUUAUUGAGAUCUUUGACGGUCAAGAGAUUACGCACAAUAAAUUGAUAAAACAGAUUUUCCCGAACUCUAGCAAUUAUGAAAUUCUUCAGCAGUAUUCCAGCACAGGUGUUGUUCUCACGGUGCACAUCCAUGCAUCCAUGUCACACGAGAGCUACGGAUUUAUAGCUGAGGUUGUCACUCUACCACCAGAUGAUCUCACAUAUCCAAACAGUAACCACUUCCAUAAGCUGACGAAGACCAUACUGCAAGGCAACGAGGACGGCGGGAUUCAGUACAAGAAUGUGGGCGAGAUCAACCCGUCUGUGUACAUCCAGCAGUGCUACAUUGACAACAAUGGCAUCGCCAUCCUCAACCUCACCUCCCCGCCCACUGUCGACAUCUCUCUGCAGGGCACGCUCAUCCUCGACUUCAGCCACAACUACGUGGGCAGGAACAAAGGAGGAAUGUACCUGUCCGUCCAGACAAAAACCAUAGCAACCGCUUUACAGGGCAACAUCACGAAUAACCUGUUUGCAUACGGGACGCAUGGCGAGGCGCUGAACAUCUCAGGGCAUUACUACGAGAGGAUUCUCAUCUAUCAGAACUACUUUUAUAACUACACGUCCGGUGAUUACAGAGACAUUAUUCAUGUCAAGGACGUGGUUGUCAACUUCACCUACAAUGCUGUCGCCAACAACGUGGGCCACUACAUUCUGGCGGCGUACAACAGCCCGUUUGCCCAGGCUCGACAGGAGUACGUGAGAAACGGAUUCAACGACAACAACUCCACCGCUCUGUACCAGAGCACAAUCAAAGUGGGAAGUGGGAGGCCGCUGUUCAUGCACAACUACAUUCUCAACACUCUGAAUGACUUCGAGCUGGAAGCUGAUGAUAAUGUCUUCAACCUGACGAGCAGGAUAAAUGCGACACAGAACUGGUGGGGCUCUGAUCGGUAUGGCUUCAUCAACGGCAAGAUCUGGGACUUCACUGAUGAUCACAAAUAUUCCAGAGUGGAAUUUGAAAUGCCCAAGUUAGACAACAGAUCUGUGGUAGAAGGAAAGUGUGCUCCUGGUUGGAAACUAGACACAGGCCGAUGUUACCGCUACAUUGGAGGUGCCAUGCCAUAUCAUGAGGCUGACCGGUUUUGCAGAGACAAUAAGGCAUUUUUAGCCGACUCAAAGAACCGACAGGAGUUUCUCUAUUACUUGCUUCGUCUCAUGAUGAACGCCUACAAUCCCAAGAUGAGGGUUUGGGUUGGUGCCAGUAACACCAAGUCUGGGUGGUGCACAGCCAUUGAGCUCAACUACCUUGUGGUGGAGGAAGAUUGCCAAAGAAUUCUGCAUCCCUUCAUUUGUGAGACAGAUCCAUAUGUUGCCCCACCGUCUGAUCUUGAGAGUAGUAUCACUGCCAUGGCAAUAGGCAUUGGUGUUGGAGUUGGUGGCACCAUCCUUAUUGUGGUUCUUGUCAUCGCUAUCCUGUGGCUGAUCAAGUCGCGCAGACGUGAGAAGGAGAGAUUUGAGAGAACUGCGUCCAUGAGGUCAUCUCUACGAUCACUGCGCACCAAGUCUCAGGAGACUAUCCUGUCUGGAGCUGCCUCACGCAGAAGACUUGACGAACUGGAGUCGCAGACAGUCUAUAAAAACCUCAUCACGGAAUGGUAG